AUGUCCCGUCGAUACACGCAGCAGCUGCCUUACUCGUCAAUUGGGGACCCCCAGCAGAGUCGUGCCAGACUUCCAAACCCAACGUUUGCAACCUUCCCACCUUGGUCGAAUGGCUCUGCGCGGAUGAGCAUGGGCAGACGCGCCAUGCCAUUUGCUGGGUUUGAUCGCGGCAGUCCUGCGCAGACGUAUGGGAGCGACGUGGACCCACAAAUGUCAGAGCAGGCCAACGGCUUUGCCAGUUCGACAUUUGCCGGGAACGGUGUGCACCAGGGCGGCUCCCAGGUGCACUUCGGCGGUACUGCGGCUGCUGGCGGUUUGUGGGAUGCGUCUGCUCCUGGCCCUCUCGGCACCUACACCCCGCAUGGUUUCAAUUUUCGUCUGGACGGGGGCCAGUCGACGCAGGAUUUGGGCAUCGAAGCGGCGCACAACUUCUCUUUCGCCGGCCAGCCUGACCAACACUCCUAUGUGGGCGGCACUGACGCACAUCCAUCCACCAGCCAGGCCAUCCUCCAUGCACCCUCGGACCAUGCCGUCGUCGACCCCUUGUUGGCUCCAGCGCCUUUUGCCCAUCCUUCCGGCUUCCCACAUGUGGUCGACGCGGUCACGAGCACACCCAACCACGUCAACAUGGGCCUCGGUGACGUGAAUUGUACCUCCAUCCACGAUCACUACGGUCGACCCUUCACCAUCCAAUCCUUCAACCACGUCCAUCCCGUUCCAAGCCAUAACUCUAGACUCGCGCGCGACAUUCGCGGCCACGCUAUCGAUGGUCAAUACGACCUGUAUUCAUCCAGCAAUGCUAUGAGUGGUCCUAUCCUUUCAACCAACAUAGCAUCCGUCGAUGCUAGCGACCAUUGUACCGCCGAUGGUGGCCACGCCAAUCAUCCUACGGCUGAGGACACUGACCAUGUAGCGGCGUCGAUCAACCAGUUGUUCUUGAACGAACCCACCCACGACACCGUAUCCAGUGACGGCGCUAGUCCUCAGUUUUCCGAUAUAUCCCAGACGCCUCUGCCGCAGAGUGUUCCAGCUACGCCAGUGGCGGAAGACAUGAUGGCAAGGGCUCUCUACACCUUGAAGGCUAUGGAUCCACCUUUUGAGAUCGACCGCCUGACUGUAUCUACGCCGCCUCGCAGAGGCGCCGCAUUCAGACGUCGCAAGGCCGAUGGAUCUAUCAUGUGCCCCGUCUUUUGUUGUGACAUGACCUUCACCAGGCUGGGGCAUCUUCAAGGCGAGACGAUCCCCUCUCAGCAAUCUUGCUUCGAAGCUUAG